AUGAUUCAGCAACCUGUUGGUGUAAAGGUUGCACUUUCUCAGAAACAGGGGUUUCCUCCGAAUGUCGUUCAGGUUCUUCAUACGCGACCUGGACCGAGUGGAGCAACAGUUUUCCAAUCUAAGCCUGCACAGUUUAGUGCAGUCCCAGUUCAACCCCUCUUGACUUCACAAUCCGUUCAAAUAAACACAAAUACUGCCGCCCAGUAUGCACGGAAGCCACAGGAGAUGACACUUGUCGCCCCCAGCGGUGCAUUUAUGGCUAGCCCGAUUCCCGGUCAGGCUUUCGGACAGGUCGUGAGCAUCGGUCAGGCUAAUAUGCCUGGGAUGACUGGCCUAGCUCAAACUCUUAUCGGCGCGCCUGGCGUUGGGGUUGCAGCUUCUCCAGGACCUGGGACUCCGCAGACGGUGAACAGCAUGACCAACUCAAGGAAGCCUUGUAACUGUACAAAAUCGCAUUGUCUCAAACUCUACUGUGAAUGCUUUGCACAAGGCCAACUCUGUCAAAACUGCAAUUGUAAUCAUUGUAUGAAUAAUUUGGCCUAUGAAGAGGAGAGGGGUCGCGCGAUCAAAAUGACUCUGGAGAGGAAUCCAACUGCAUUUCACCCCAAGAUUGGUCGCGGUGAAGGGGAACGCAAGCACACCAAAGGUUGUAAUUGCAAACGCAGCGGUUGUCUCAAAAAUUACUGUGAAUGCUAUGAGGCUAAAAUUAGCUGCUCUGAUCUCUGUCGGUGUCUUGGAUGUCGAAACACGGAGGAUAGCAUAGAGCGUAGGUCAUUGAUGCGUCUGGCUGCAAUGGGCUCUCUUCGAUCGCGCCAACCAAAUGCAUUCAGGAAGCAUUUGAUAAAGCCCCCAGCAGAGAUUAUGCCACAUGUAUUCUUCACUUGGGAGACGAUCGAGGCUGCUGCCAGCUGUCUGUUAGCUCAAGCAGAAGAUGCCGAGCGCAGAGACUUGCCACCAGCAUCACAAGAAAGAAUAAUACUCGAAGAGUUCGGUCGCACUCUAGAUCGAGUUGUCGAGGCUACUAGCAAGGCCCAGAUUCGCACAAGCGCUUCACUUAUCCCGACGGGUACUGGUAUCUCCGACGAUCUAACUAUGGGGGCAUCGCGCAACACCUUGAGUUCUGCUGUUCAAAUUCCUCAUCAUCGCUCGCGUAGUCGUCAUGAUGACGAUCUAGUUGAUGACGAAGAUGAUGAGUUUCACGAUGUUGGUGAUGCCGGGCGUGGUGGUGCCUACGGGGCCGUUGAUGAUGCUGAUGGAACUUUUGAGGACGAAGACGAUGAAGAUAUAGACUUACUCGACCGUCAUAAUCGACAUUUUCAUCAGCGCAGGCGUCCCAUGGUUACAAACAGGGAUGGUGGAUCGAUGGGUUCUGGGGAAUCUGGAUCUGCUAAGAUGCCUUCCGUGAAGUUUAUCUCUCGAAGUGGAGCCGGUCGAUCCUACAUCAGCAGGAAGGAUCUCUUGUAA